AAUCCCGGGGAGACGCCCGUUGGUCGCCCAUGUGGUUGAAAGAAGCCCAACACUGACGUCAUUGCAAAACAGCUUCCAGCGUCAGGUGCGGCACAGCAACACGGGAAGCAUGGCCUGUAUCCAUUGUUCCCAUGACUCAGAGCGACAUGUCAGUCAUAAAUACGAGGACUUGGUUUACGACGUGCCGCUCCACGACAUCUCGCAGCGCGUCGAGGGCGCACCUGCCGAAUCGCCCAGCACCUCAGCUCAACUUCUCCGCCAACCCCUCCGCCUCUCUUUUCCCCACCAUCAUGAAAGUCAGUGCGCAGUUGUUUGCGCUUUCGAAGGCCGAGCCACCUCAGCUCAACUUCUCCGCCAACCCCUCCGCCUCUCUUUUCCCCACCAUCAUGAAAGUCAGUGCGCAGUUGUUUGCGCUUUCGAAGGCCGAGCGCUUUGUUCCAAAGUCGGGGGUCUACCCCAAGGGCUUCGUUGUGGGCGGCGCCCACUGCGGCGUCAAAAAAAACGGUACGUUGGAUUUGGCCUUGCUUCACAACACCAGUAGUUCGGAGGCUGUAGCGGCCGCCGUGUUCACACAAAACAAGUUCAAGGCAGCGCCCGUGCAGGUGUCCAUGCACACGCUCAAGGAGCACCCGUACAUCAACUCGAUAGUGGUGAAUUCGGGAAACGCCAACGCCGUCACGGGCUCGCAGGGCAUGCAAGACGCACGCCAAAUGGUCGAGACCACGGACCGCGUGUUCGGCAACCGCAGCGGCUCGUCGUCGCUCGUGAUGCUGACAGGCGUGAUUGGCAACAAGUUGCCCAUCGACAAGAUCGUCGGCGGGAUCCCCAAGUUGGCCGGCAGCGGGCUUGGGGCCUCGCAUGCACACUGGCUUGCCUGUGCCUCGGCUAUCUGCACCACAGACACGUUCCCCAAGUUGGUCAGCAAGCAGUUUGUGAUUGGCGAACACACGUACACCAUGGCCGGCUUGGCCAAGGGCGCGGGCAUGAUCUGCCCCAACAUGGCCACGCUUCUCGGCUUCUUUGCGACCGACGCGCCGGUCACGGCCCUGGCGUUGAAGCAGAUCUUGAAGUACGCCACGGACCGCUCGUUCAACUCCAUCUCCGUGGACGGCGACACGUCCACCAACGACACCAUCGUCGCCAUUGCCAACGGCGCGGCCGGCGGGCCGCAAAUCGACAGUGUGGCCGAGACCCUGGACGCGUUUCUUGCGCUCCGCAAGGAAGUCACACAGUUUGCGCAGCAGCUCGCGCAGUUGGUGGUGCGUGACGGCGAGGGCGCCACCAAGUUCAUCCGCAUCAACGUGCAAGACGCGGCGCUGUACAAGGACGCCAAGCGCGUGGCGCUGGCGGUGGCCAACUCGCUGUUGUUCAAGACCGCGAUGUUCGGCAACGACGCCAACUGGGGCCGUAUUUUGUGUGCCAUUGGCUACGCGGACGUGGGCGCAGAUGCGGUCAACACGGCGGGCACCAGCGUGUCGUUCGUUCCCACCGAUGGCUCCGAGAGGCUCCAGUUGCUUGUGGACGGCGAGCCGGAAUCCGUGGACGAGGCGCGCGCGGCCGAGAUCUUGAAGAACGAGGACUUGGAGAUCGAGAUCUGCUUGGGCACGGGCGGCGGCCAGCUGGCGCUGUUUUGGACUUGCGACUUGUCGCACGAGUACGUGUCCAUCAACGCGGACUACCGGUCCUAGGCGGCGUGGCUCUCUGGACGCCCGUAUUUGGAAAAGUGCUUUGGCUGUGGAGGUGCGUCAGAAACAGGCAUUUGGAUGCAGAAAGAUAGAGGGGUAUUUUCUGGUGCAAAAAGUCCGGUCUUCCAGUAGAGUCUAACCAAGCACCCUUCACAUGCCAUGUAGAUUUUGCGGUGCCGCCAAAUGCAAGCAUGCACCAUGUCCGUCUUGCAUCGUUUGGAGGGGUCGCUCCGGAGAGCUGGGAAUCUCUGGCCGGCUGCUUCACUACAUACGGCGAAAUAAGUCGAGUUCGAGCACCCUGGCGGGACUGAUCAUUUGCAGAUUCUGGAGAUACGUUUAUGAAAACUCC